GCGGGGGCCGCCGUCUGAGAUCUCGCUCCCAAGCCCGGCCGCCUCUUUCCUCGGAGUAGCCGGCUAGGUCACGAUGGCCUCAUUAAACCGGCAGACCAUGGCUGCUUGGCCUGAGUUGGAAAAUGCCCAGCCUACCUCGGAGAAAUACACUGUAAAGGCCGAUGGUGAGCAGUCUGCCAAGCCUGAGAAAGGCAAGGAGACUGAAAAAGAUGACACCGGUGCCCCUAUCACCAAGAUAGAACUUGCGCCGUCUCAUUCCACUGCGGCACUGAUCGAGGAGCCCACCGAGGUGGAAGACCCCUGGGACCUGCCCGAGCUUAAGGACACGGGGAUCAAGUGGUCAGAGAGAGACACCAAAGGGAAGAUUCUCUGCGUCUUCCAAGGGAUUGGGAAAUUUAUUUUACUUCUGGUGUUUCUCUACUUCUUCGUGUGCUCCUUGGAUGUCCUGAGCAGCGCCUUCCAGCUGGUUGGAGGAAAGGUAGCCGGGAAAUUCUUCAACAACAACUCCAUCAUGUCCAACCCAUUGGCGGGGAUGGUGAUUGGGGUUCUGGUGACGGUCCUGGUGCAGAGUUCCAGCACCUCCACGUCCAUUGUCGUCAGCAUGGUGGCCUCCUCAUUGCUGCCCGUGCGUGCUGCCAUCCCCAUUGUCAUGGGGGCCAACAUCGGGACUUCAAUUACCAACACCCUCGUGGCGCUCAUGCAAGCAGGAGAUCGGAAAGAGUUCAGAAGGGCCUUUGCGGGGGCCACCGUCCACGACUUCUUCAACUGGCUCUCCGUGCUGGUGCUCUUGCCUCUGGAGGCCGCCACCGGUUACCUGGAGCGCCUGACCAACUUCGUAGUGGAGAGCUUCCACUUCAAGAAUGGAGAGGAAGCCCCAGAACUUCUGAAAGUUAUCACAGAUCCCUUCACAAAGCUCAUUAUCCAGCUGGAUAAAAGUAUUCUCAACCAAAUUGCAAUGAAUGAUAAGUCGGUCCAAAACAAAAGUUUGAUCAAGAUUUGGUGCAAAACUUUUACUAACAUGACUGAGAGAAAUGUCACCGUCCCCUCGCCUGAGAACUGCACCUCCCCUUCCCUCUGUUGGACGGAUGGUUUGUACACCUGGACCAUCAAGAACGUGACCUACAAGGAGAACAUUGCCAAGUGCCGGCACAUCUUCGUGAAUUUGAACCUCUCAGAUGCUAUUGUUGGCACCAUCCUGCUGGUAACCUCCCUGCUGAUCCUCUGUACCUGCCUGAUCCUAAUCGUCAAGCUCUUGGGCUCUGUGCUCAGGGGGCAGGUGGCUACUGUCAUCAAGAAGACAAUCAACACUGAUUUCCCUUACCCCUUUGGCUGGGUGACUGGCUACCUGGCCAUCCUUGUGGGGGCAGGUAUGACCUUCAUCGUUCAGAGCAGCUCUGUGUUCACGUCUGCUAUGACCCCACUGAUCGGCAUCGGUGUGAUAUCCGUUGAAAGAGCAUAUCCACUAACGCUAGGUGCCAACAUCGGCACCACCACCACCGCCAUCUUGGCCGCCUUAGCCAGCCCAGGCAAUACUUUGAAGAGCUCACUCCAGAUUGCCCUGUGCCACUUUUUCUUCAACAUCUCAGGCAUCAUUCUGUGGUACCCAAUCCCGUUCACUCGCCUGCCCAUCUUCCUGGCCAAACGGCUGGGCAGCAUCUCAGCUAAGUACCGCUGGUUCGCCAUCGUCUACUUGGUCGUCUUCUUCUUCCUGAUCCCUCUGGCGGUGUUUGGCCUCUCCCUGAUUGGCUGGCCGGUGCUGGUGGGCGUGGCUUCGCCCAGCGUCCUUGUGAUCUUACUGGUGCUGGUCCUCAAGAUCCUGCAGUCCUUCUGCCCUGGCGCCUUGCCCCAGAAGCUCCGAAGCUGGGCCUUCCUGCCCGUGUGGAUGCGCUCCCUGGAGCCCUGGGACAAGCUCAUCUCCUCCCUCACCAGCUGCUUCCAGAGGCGCUGCUGCUGCUGCUGCCGCAUCUGCUGUGAGCUGUGUGGCUGCUGCCAGUGCUGCCGCUGCAGCAAGUGCUGCGAAGACCUGGAGGAGGUGAAGGACGAGCCCGUCAAGGCCCCUGAGGCAUUCGAUAACUUGGCCAUGGACAAAGAGGCCUGGGAUGGGGUCACCAAGUCUGAGGUGGAUGCCUCAGGCACCAAAACCAUUUCCAGCGUCACAGCCUUGUAGGUAGGGGCUGCCCGGAGGCGGGAGGAGGGCCCCAUAGUCCACACGCUCUCCCUCCCUCCUGGCUCUUCCUCCAUUUCAGGGGAAUUCCUUCCCCACUGAGAAAUGACAUCCAUCCCAGCUCUCAUUCCCUUGGCCCAGUGUAUCAAGCCCACACAGUAGUUCCAUCCCAGCCCCAUGCUCCCUGGGCCUUCGAGGCUCGGGAAGGGGCAAAACAACACUGAAAGAGCAUUAGUGAAACCCGGCCAGAGAGAUGAUCACAGUUGCCCCAGCACACAGCUGGGUUGGUCAAUAAGCCUUUUUUCUCCCCUGACCAUCCUCUUCCAAAGGAAAAGCCCCAAGGGAGGAAUUUAAAGCAGGUUCUCAGAGGUGCAUAUUCAGUACACCUUUCUUUAUUAUGAUCCAGCUCAGGCUUCUCUCUUUUACCAAAGACUGGCUUCAACCAAGAGUAGCCGCUCCCUUACAGUCCAAGGGCAGCCCAAUCCAGGGGAAAUGGUGUAAUUGCCUGGGAUUUGGAGAAUACGUCGGUGUGGCCUUUUCCCCUUCUCAGGGCUCCUCACAUCCCCUGGCAGGGUUUUCAUAAGAGCAGUCCUGGCCCUGAGCUCUCAGGUGGAGGAUGAGUGCUGGGAAUUUGAGGGAAUUUGAGGAACAUUUGAGGGAGAUGGUUCAUCUCUGCCACAAGAGCCUUGGGUGCUUCUUAACCCAGCUAAUUUAAAAACCAAAUCAGCAUAUGUCCUGGCUAAAGCCUAGUGCUGAUAAAAAUCACCCCUGCUGAGUCUUCUGGAGUAAGAUAUGCCGGUUCCGAGUCCCCUCCACUCUGCCCCCUGAAGCAUAAAGCACCUGAGCGUAGGACA